CCUCCCAUCUUUCCUGAUUUCUCUCGCUCUCUUUCUCGUUCCCCCUCCCACUUUCCUCUUCAUUGCUUUGCUUCUCUUUCAAGUAGUAGUCUCCUUUCUAUCCUCUCUACGUACCCCUGAUCUGCCGUCAAAGCCUACAAUCCAUAACACUUGAGCAUCUGUGUUAUUGCUGACCAGCACCAUGUCAAAGGAGGAAGGGGCCCAAAUUCAGUCACCCGAAGCAAACGUUGACCGGAGCCUUGGUACUGAACCUGAAACCAUGGAGAAAGGCACUGCGGAGCAUAUUAACCUGAACAACAAUGUCACUGCCAAGAUCAAGAAUCCUCUUGCCGAUUUGAGCCCAGCUCAAGUCAUUCGUGACGUUGAAGAGUUUGCUCAUGAGUUUGAGCUGACUGAUAUUCUCCCUCAUUUGAGAAAGGGUGCUCUUGUGGCACGCGACCCUGCGGACUAUGUCUCCGUGCCUGACAUGUCCAAUGAGGAAAUUACUGCUAUCCACAACGAGAAAGCCCACAAGUGGAAACAGCCUCGCGCUCUCUACUUCACUAUCAUCCUCUGUUCUAUCGGAGCUGCUGUUCAGGGAUGGGACCAAACUGGAAGUAACGGUGCCAAUCUCUCCUUUCCUGUUGCUCUUGGUAUCCCUGAGGAAGGUCCCGAUGCUGCCAGAAACCAGUGGCUCGUUGGCCUUAUCAAUGCGGCUCCAUUUAUUGCCAGCUCUUUUCUCGGUUGCUGGUUGUCUGACCCUGCCAACAAGCUUCUGGGUCGCCGUGGCGCUAUCUUCAUUUCUGCUAUUUUCUGUCUUCUUUCUCCGAUCGGUUCAGCUUGUGCUCAGACCUGGCCCCAGCUUUUCGUUACCCGUCUCCUGCUGGGCCUCGGUAUGGGACUCAAAGCGGCCACUAUUCCCGUUUUCUGUGCUGAAAACACUCCCGCUUCAAUUCGUGGCGGCCUUGUGAUGUGCUGGCAACUUUGGACAGCUUUCGGUAUUCUUCUGGGCUGCUCGGCGAACCUCGCGGUCAAGGAUACGGGCGACAUUUCAUGGAGACUCCAGCUAGGCUCGGCGUUCAUACCAGCUCUACCUUUGCUCCUUGGUGUCUAUUUCUGCCCAGAGUCUCCGCGUUGGUACAUCAAGAAGGGUAGACUUCGCAACGCAUACCGGUCUCUGCGUCGUUUGCGCAAUACAGAUUUGCAAGCUGCACGCGAUCUGUACUACAUUUAUGCGCAGAUCAAAAUCGAGCAGGACAUUUCUGGUACUGGAAAUUACAUCAGUCGCUUCGGAGAACUCUUUACUAUUCCCCGGGUUCGGCGUGCUACCCUUGCUUGUUUCACAGUGAUGAUCGCACAGCAGAUGUGUGGUAUCAACAUUGUUGCAUUCUACUCGUCCACUGUCUUCCAACAGGCAGGUGCCAGUGUUACUGGAGCCCUCUUUGCAUCCUGGGGAUUUGGUCUUGUGAACUUCAUUUUCGCCUUCCCAGCUGUCUUCACCAUUGACACCUUCGGGCGUAGAACUUUGUUGCUCUUCACGUUCCCGAAUAUGGCCUGGACCUUGCUAGCUGCCGGAUUCUGCUUUUAUAUUCCUAAGGAGUCUACUGCCCACCUGGCAUGUAUUGCGCUUUUUGUUUUCGUCUUCGCUGCAUUCUACUCUCCAGGUGAGGGACCUGUUCCCUUCACCUACUCUGCUGAAGUGUUUCCACUGUCCCACAGAGAAAUCGGAAUGUCCUGGGGUGUGGCAAUCAACAUGGGCUGGGCUUCGGUCCUUUCCAUCACCUUCCCCCGCAUGCUUGCAGUGAUGACUCCGACGGGUGCCUUCGGAUUCUACGCGGCCUUGAAUAUCACUGCUUUCGUUAUGAUCUUCUUCUGGGUACCUGAGACCAAGCAGCGGACUCUGGAGGAGCUUGACUACAUCUUCGGGGUACCCACGGCCAUGCACAUGCGCUAUCAACUGUUUGAGGUGCUGCCCUGGUGGAUCAAUCGUUUUAUCUUCCGCCGUCGCAGUGCUCAUCUUGAGCCUCUGUAUAAGCUCGACCAUAUCGCGACCAGCGACUAGCUCCUGGAAGAGCAACGUGACCAACGCCUUCUGCGGUUCUUACUCCCGUUGUUGUUAUCGAACAAGACCCUCUUACAGCGUCUUUUCUUUGUUAUGAUAAUAAUAUCCUCGGUGGUUGUAAUAUUUAUUUCCG